GUUCCUUGGUGUGCCUAUUGCUCGCUAGCACUAUGCACUUUUCGUAUUAGUCACAGAAGAGGACAAGCGAGCCAGUGUGAUGACGCCCCUCGCCGGUGUGUCCCUGUGGGCGUGGGCGGCCUGCGUAGGCUCUUCCUUGCUGUGCGUGGCGGCCGCGGACCUGCCUCCCCCCGAGAGACAGUACAGCAUCCUGUUCCUCCUCCCGAUGUCCUCCACGAGCCACAGGAACAUCUUCAUGUCGGUUGCCGAUGCCCUGGCAGAGCGGGGCCACAAGGUGACGAUGCUGAUCAACCACGCCGUCGAAUCGAAGAACGAGAACAUCACCUUCGUCUUCCACGGCCUGGACGACUUCCGGCCGGAGAAUAUCAGCAUGUUCAGAAUCCGAAAUGAUAUCCAAGAAGCCACCAAGAUCUACUCCAAGAAGCUCUUGGCCGCAAGUAAGAAGCUUUAUAAAGUCCCGAAGGUGAGAAAGCUCUACGAAAGGAGGAAAGAAUUCGACCUCAUCAUCGUCUUUCAUAUGAUGAACGAGGUCGCCUACCCAUUCGUGCUCGGGCUUCCCUACAUCACUGUCACGACGGUCGGGGUGGACUUUGUGCAAAGCGCCUCCUUCGGCAACGUCUUGAACCCUGCCUACGCCAACAACUUCGUCUUCCACCUCCCGCGGCCGCUGAGCUUCUUGCACCGUUGUCUCAACCUGUUCAUGCAUAUCACCACGGCCUGCUACUGGAAGCUCUGGUCCAUGAACAAAAUCCAAGGCGAGCUGUCGGCGCAGUUCCCCGGCUUACCAUCUUUGCUGGAAAUCGAGCGCAACCAGAGCCUCACCCUCAUGAACUCGCACUUCAGCCUGGACACGCCCAUGCCGUUGCUUCCCAACCAGGUGGAAAUUGGGGGCAUGCACUGCAGGCCCGGGAAGCCCCUCCCGCAGGAACUGGAGUCGUGGAUCUCCGGAGCCGGAGCUGCAGGCGUCGUGUACUUCAGCCUGGGCUCCACGAACCAGGGCAUCGCCAUCCCCCGUCACUAUCGCGACAUCCUUCUUCAGGCAUUCAGGAGGAUCGACCAGCGAGUCCUGUGGAAGAAUGUGGAGGGGGUGGGCGACGUUCCUGAAAAUGUGCUGGUGACGAAGUGGAUUCCUCAGCAGGACGUUCUCGCGCACCCAAACGUGAAGGUGUUCAUCAGCCACGCCGGAUUGCUCAGCACGCAGGAGGCCGCCUACCACGCCACGCCCGUGCUCGCCCUGCCCAUCACGGCGGACCAGCCCAGGAACGCAGACCAGAUCAGGGACAACGGAUUUGGCCUGGUGCUCGAGUGGGAGGAAAUCACGGUUGACCUCGUCCUCGAGGCGCUGCGCGAGCUCAUCGACAACCCGAGAUACCGACGGGGCGCCGCCGAGGUCUCGCGGGCGAUGCGCGACCAGCUGACGUCGCCGAAGGACCGCGCCGUCUUCUGGACCGAGUACGUGAUCCGCCACAAAGGCGCCCCGAGGCUGAGGUGCCCCGCGGCGGACCUUUCGUGGGUCGAGUUCCUCAUGCUGGACGUCCUAGCGGCCCUCCUGCUGGGCGUCUGCGUCUGCUUCGUGCUGCUGAAGCGCCUCACACGGUCAGUCUCGCGGGCCGUGCGGCGGCGGAGCAAAGACAAGGAGGAAUAGUUCAUGCAGCAGGUGGAGGCGGGAUGAAGCCUACAGGGACGCGGAGGGAAAUAACAAAGGAGAAAUAACAAAUAAGUUUCAGAUAACAAGGAAUAAAUAUUCGAAGAUAUUCUUUGAUACUGAGAUUUUACGUAACGACUGGAACGCAAAUGUAGCUAUAUGCCUUCAAAGUUAACGGAAAAUCCUCCACUUAUUGCAAGUCAUUGUGAUUUUCCUGUUGGGAUAAUUUAACUACAGUUAACUACACUAACACGGAAAUGAUUCUGUUUUAUUCUCGUAUUAGAUAUAUAGCAGAUUUAGUAAGGCCUAUUUGUUCAUAUUUUUCAAUUUGUAAGCAAAUGUCUGUUUUCUUUUCUUUGGAAUAUAAGAGAUGCCAGAUCUAGACCAGAUUUUAUUACGAACGAUUUGAUUAGAUAAAGUUCUCCAACAAAACAGUAUUCUCACAAGGUCCUCUUUAUAGUUAAGCAUCAUUCAAAUUCGUUUGUAUGAUUCUACGACGAUCAUAAUACCAAUAAGCAACGUCGCUUGUUUUUCUUUAAGCGUAGAUUUUAUAUCAUAGAAUGUAGUUCCUGGUGAUAUGACAAUGAACAAGUUUCACGAGUAUCACAGGGAGAAAAAAUAUUAAAAUGAGCGAAUUACACGAAACACAAACCGCAGUUCUUCCCAUUCCGUCUAUUUAUUAAUUCGCUUGAUUCCUACCCUGUUUUCCUCACCUGUUUUAGGUUAUUAUGGAAGGAUCUAGAAGGCGCUGGGAACACUGGUCAGUUUCCUUGGUUGAAGUGUUUACUUAACAUACAGCAUUGGCCAAUGGUUGUAUAGCAACAUAACAGAGUGACUCUAACCCGCUGUAAGUAAGGAUCACGCCAAAUAUAUUGAAAGUGAAA